CGAAGAUCGAAACCAAGAUGGUUUCGUUAUUCGAGAAUUACGAACAACAAUAUUCGGUUUUAACGGCGGAUAUAACGGCACAAGUGGGCCAAUUAACUUCGACAACAUCAAAGGAUCGCCGCCAACUGAUAUCGAACAUUGAAAAGCAUGUCGAAGAGGCCGGGGAACUGUUGGAACAAAUGGAUUUGGAGGUUAGAGAGAUUGAAUCAAAUAAAAGACAGAGGUGUAGAACCAAGUUAGACUGUUAUAGGGCUGAAUUAAAGCGAUUAACUUUGGAUUAUAUCAAAGCCAGAGCUGUUAAACAGGGUGCUUUAAAUUACGACAGCUCUGAGGAUUUAAACGAUGUUGGUUUUAAUGGUGAUCAAAAACAAAGAUUAUUGGACAACUCGGAGAAAAUUGAACGUACAGGAAAAAAACUUGAGGAGGGUUAUAGGGUUGUUUUGGAAACUCAAGAGAUUGGUACACAAGUGUUAAAAAACCUUGGAGAACAAAGGGAAACAAUACAAAGAUCACGAUCAAGAAUCAGAGAAACAAAUGAGGAUCUUAGUCAAUCAUCAAGGAUAAUGAAUUCAAUGAUUUUAAGAGCAAUACAACAAAAAGUCGUUUUAUUUUGUGUUGGAUUUUUUUUUAUUAUUGCCAUAUGUUUUGGUGUUUAUUUUAGCGUUAAAAAUUGAAAAUAAUAUCAAAGACAGCAAAAUACCAAAAAUUUUACUCAUUUUUGCCUUGUUUUGAUAUUUGUACGUUUUUAAUUUGACUGUUUUCACUACUUAAUUUAGUAGGUAUUACCAUUAAAAAGCAUUUGUUAUUUAUUUUAUAAGACUGUACCUUAAUUCAUUUUUUUGAUUUUCAGCUAUUUUGUGUCAUAUUUGUUGUUGUUAA